UGGGGGUAAUGGGGUCAAUGGGGUUAAUAGGGCACUGGGCAGAAUGAGAUUUCGGUGUCGGUAAUUGGAUCGUCUGUUUGUUCCCCGCAUGAGACAGGGCAAGCCUUCGGAUGCAACGGUAGGUAUGUAAAGAUGAGUGAAGGGAAAGUACCUACCUUUUGUCCUUAUAUUGACGAUACCCGUCAGUAGCUUGUUUAAAUUUAUAAACAUCAAGGUCAGUAAGACUACAAGACUAACCUGCCUACCUAGCUGCCUACCUAGCUGCCUACCUAAAUAGAUAGAUAGAACACGAUGGAUAAACUAAGACCUUUCGGAAGGGGGAUUGAGGAUGUCCUACUCCCCACGUUUGCCGCUUACGCGCAUAUCCUGAUCGCUAAGGAGAGCGAAAUCAGAUCGACACGGCACGAGACGCAUAAGUACGGCCCGACUGCACGACAUCAAUUGGACAUCUACUACCCAGCCAAUCCACCGACUGCACCGUUCCGAGCUAAACCCGUCCUUGUCUUCCUGUAUGGCGGCGGCUUCGUCAGCGGAGAAAAGGUGAAUGAGGAAUUCGCUCACAGUCUGGUCUUUGGAAACCUCGGUCAUUUCUUCGCCUCCAAGUACGGGAUUACUGUCAUUGUCGCCGAUUACCGCCUCAUUUCUCACGGGGCCAAGUUCCCUUCGGGCGGCGAGGACGUCAAGCUCGUCGUUGACUGGGUCGUCAAUACGUUGUCUAAGAAAGAAGGAUACGAAUCUAUCGAUUUGUUUUUCCUUGGAAACUCGGCCGGUGGUAUCCAUCUGACAACCUGGCUUCUGUCCUCUCUUUUCAGGGAGUCGAGGGAGGCCAUCUUAGCCGAAGAACGAAAAGGCGAGGGUGUGUUACUUAGAGGCGCAAUCUUACUCGGCGUGCCAUACCACUGGGGCGAAGAGGAUAACUCGAUUCUGAGGGCUUACUUAGGAGACGGUAAGAUCUGGGAAAACUCGUCUUUGGGUAUAUUAGAAAAGGAGAAGAAGAAUGGUACGGAACCGACUCUUCCUGGCGUCAAGAUAAACUUACUCGUCAGCGAGCUCGACCCCGAAUUCUUGUCAGCCUCGGCACAGCAGUUCAGGACGGAGUGGACUACCGUUGAUAUCUCAUAUGGGGUAUUAGAAGGUCAUAACCAUAUCAGUCCCCAGUUGGGAUUGAGUACAGGUAUUGAGAAGGAAGAGGCUUGGGGUGUGGACGUUGCUGAGUUCUUGAAGUCUUGCGCUACUAAAUGAGGUAUAGAAUGUCCACCGUGAUUUGGACUAUGCAUCACAAUUUACAGUACCUAUCCAAGAAUAGAAGAGUGGUCUACUAUAACCUCAUAAUAGGUAUUCCAUAACUAGUAUUGCCUGUGCCAUCAAGACAACUCUCGUUCUUUCGCUUCACUCCCUUCACUCACUCCCUUCACUCACUCCACUCACUCACUCACUCACUCACUCACUCA